UAACCAGACGUGGCAGCAGCCGCUCGUUCUUCCAGCGCGAGCGGGAGCCGGAGCUUGAAGCCGGAGGUAGCUUGGGUUAUGGCUCAGCCGGGGCGCAGCUUCAGUGGGGCUCCGGUCUGCGGAGGGAGAAUGCUGCUGCUGCUGCUGUUUUCUCUCUUGGCUAUCUUUCCAGCAUGUGUGUUACCAUCAAAGAUAUCACCUCUGAUAGAAAAAAUUAGUGAUCAGAAGGACUUCAAGAAGCUGUUGAGAACACGAAAUAAUGUGUUGGUGCUAUAUUCCAAAUCUGCGGUAGCUGCUGACAGUUCGCUCAGGUUAUUAUCUGAUGUAGCCCAAGCUGUGAAAGGCCGUGGUACUAUAACAUGGAUAGAUUGCGGUGAUUCAGAAAGCCGAAAACUAUGCAAGAAGAUGAAGGUUGAUCCUGGUUUGAAAGAGAAAGGGAUAGAAUUACUACACUACAAAGAUGGUGCAUUUCACACUGAAUAUAACAGAGCAUUUACACUGAAGUCACUGGUUGCCUUUCUAAAGGAUCCUGAAGGAGCUCCAUUGUGGGAGGAAGAUCCUGAAGCCAAAGAUGUUGCCCAUAUUGACAGUGAAAAGGAACUGAAAAGACUUCUUAAGAAAGAAGAUAAACCUGUUCUGCUGAUGUUCUAUGCUCCUUGGUGUGGAGUUUGCAAAAGAAUGAUGCCAGCUUUCCAACAAGCAUCCACCGAACUGAAGGGCAUGUAUGUACUUGCAGGGAUGAAUGUCUACUCAUCUGAAUUCGAAAAAAUAAAAGAAGAAUACAAUGUCCGGGGAUAUCCAACAAUAUGCUACUUUGAAAAGGGGAAAUUCCUGUUUAAUUUUGAAAACUAUGGUGCUACAGCAAAGGACAUUGGAGAAUGGCUGCAAAACCCUCAGCCACCUAAGCCACAGGCUCCUGAGAUGCCUUGGUCAGAAGAGGAAAAUGCUGUUUUUCACCUAACAGAUGAUGACUUUGACAAGUUUAUCAAGGAUCAUUCUUCUGUAUUGGUGAUGUUCUAUGCACCAUGGUGUGGACAUUGUAAGAAAAUGAAGCCAGAAUAUGAGAAAGCCGCAGAGAUGCUCCAUGCAGACAGUGAUAAACCAGGUGUUUUGGCAGCAGUAGAUGCAACUGUCAACAAAGCUGUGGCAGAAAAAUUUCACAUAUCAGGAUUUCCAACCGUCAAGUUCUUUCAGGAUGGAGAAGAGAAAUACACCUUGCCUCAUCUCCGCACGAAGAGUAAAAUUGUGGAAUGGCUGUUAAA